ACCCUCCCUCUCAACAAAGCAACACAAGUGCUAAGACCCCAAUCAUGUCAUCGUCCCUCUCAUUUCUUGCAACCACAGCCUCUCCCUUCCACCACCACCAUUCCCGCCACCCCCGAAAAGCUUCUCGAGCACCCACUCACUUUUCUCCCUCGGCCUCUGGCCCUAGUACUAAUGCUACUAAUAAUAAAGCAUUUGAUAAUGGUGGUGAUAAAGAAUCCAUUCUGAGGUUAGACAGAAGAAAUGUUCUCCUUGGCACAUUGGGAGGUCUGUGUGGUGCUGCCACCCUCGGCCGCAAGAAUACCGCCUUCGCUGCUCCGUUACAACCACCAGACCUAUCCAAGUGCCAAACCGCCAAUGCUGGAUCAGAAGAGGACCCGUUACCGGUUGAGUGUUGCCCGCCUUACACCGACAACAGCAAGAUCGUCGAUUACAAGUUUCCGUCCCCUUCCACGCCACUGCGCAUUCGGAAACCCGCACACCUGUUGAAUGCUGAUGACCUGGCCAAGUACAAGGAAGCCUAUAGACUUAUGAAAGCUCUCGACCCAUCGGACCCUUGGAGCUUUGAGCAGCAGGCCAGGGUGCACUGCCAGUACUGCAAUGGCGCGUACGACCAGGUGGGGUUCGACGUCCCGGUAAAUGUCCACUUCAACUGGAUAUUCGAGCCGUGGCACCGUUACUACCUCCACUUUCAUGAGAGGAUUCUCGGGAAACUGAUCGGUGACGAGACAUUAGCCCUCCCGUUCUGGAACUGGGACUCACCGGACGGAAUGACGAUCCCGAGCAUUUUUAAUGACACGAAGUCACCGCUCUACAACGAGAAGCGAAACCAGAAUAACCUAACGAAGGUGAUGGACUACCACUACAGCACCCAAAACUAUGAGGACAAGUACACAGAAGAGGAGCUGAAGUUGAAAAACCUGUAUGAGAUGAACACGACAUACAGGGAGUCUCUGCCGCUGCCAGAGCUGUUCCAUGGAGAUCCAGUCAGGGCGGGCGAGGAGGCCUCCAUCGGAAAGACGAUGGGGCGGAUUGAGGCGAUUCAUAACGCGGGACACUCGUUUGUGGGAAUGGCAAAGGCACCGUAUCGGGACAUGGGCAACUUGGCCUCGUCGGGUUACGACCCGCUAUUCUACUGCCACCAUUCGAAUGUGGACCGGAUGUGGCACAUCUACAGGCAGAUGCGAGGAAACAAGGUCGACUUCAACGAUAACGACUGGCUCAAAUCGUCGUUCGUCUUCUACGACGAGAAUAGACAGUUGGUGAGAGUUCAGGUGGAAGACUGUCUCAAUCCGCAGAAACUCCGUUACACCUAUCAAGAAGUGGAACUUCCAUGGGCUGAUCGUAACAUGAUCAAGAAAAAGCUGGUGAAGACCAAGUCGGGUGUCAAACCAAGAUCUACGACCUCGUUGGUCCAGGUAUCCGAGUUCGGACCCGACCCAAGACCCCUGGAUUCGACCAUCCGGGCCCUUGUGCAGAGGCCCAAGAAGUCCCGAACCAAGAGCGAGAAAGACGAUGAGGUGGAGGUCCUCGUGAUCGACGGCAUAGAGCUCCCUCCCAAUGGGCCCAUCUCGUUUGAGGUGUAUGUAGCAGCGCCUUCUGGAGGGGAUUUUGUGGGACCUGAUCUAGGAGAGUCGGCAGGGAGGUUUUCGAAACUGCCCCACACCCACAUUCAUAAAAAGGGUAAUGCGGAGAAAAAGAAAUGCAGCCUCAAGUUGGGGAUAUCCAAGUUGUUGGAGGAAAUUGAUGCUGAAGGCUCGGAGAAGGUGGUCGUGAGCUUGGUCCCAAAAGACGGGGAAGUCACCAUUGGUGGGAUCCACAUUGAUCUUAUCAAGACCGAUUGGAGGGCUUAGAUAAGAGUAAUUGCGACCGUAGUGAGAGUGGGGCCCACCAUAUCACUCCCACUUUCCUUUGAUUUAUAUCAUUAUGAUAAGAUUCUUUGACUUAGGGUCCAUGAAUCAGUGAUUUGGAUUGGCUCAUUCGGUCUUGAGUCGAGUUGCAAGUUGGCCAAGCAUCAGUAGUCGCCCUUUAAUUUCAAUCAUGAACGGUAGCAGUGAUCAACAGGAUGGAAGUUGACCGAGUUCAAGCUGAUUCCGACGAGUCGACAAUCCCUGGUUGAUAUUAUGAUCUGUUUUUCCUAGGGUUGUGUAGGUGUGUAUGUGUACGUUUAUGAGACCACCACAGUAUGAUGUGUAUUUAUGUAUACAUUUACGAAUGGUAAAUAAUAUUGGAUGAGCCCGUGUGAUGUGCGUUUCUCCU